UGAUCCUCGUAACUGGCGUGAGCGGGUACAUCGGCUCCCACGUGGCCAAGUUACUCCUCGAGGAAGGCUACAAAGUACGAGGCACCGUCAGGAGUCUCUCGAACGAGGCCAAGGUCGAGCCCCUCAAGAGCCUGGUGCCCGAUGCCAAGUUCCCCCUCGAGCUGGUGGAGGCCGACCUCACCAAAGAGGAAGGAUGGGAUAAAGCCGUGGAGGGGUGCACGGGCGUCCUCCACGUGGCCAGCCCCUUCCCCGACCUGGUGAACCAACAAGUAGAAGAGGCGGGGCUUGUUGACACGGCGAAGGACGGCACACUGCAGGUCUUGAAGGCUGUCGCCGCCCACGCCGCCGCCUCCGUCAAGCGGGUUGUGGUCACGUCAUCCUUUGCUGCGGUCUCCGGAGAGCCAGUGCCAGAGGCCGAGAAGACGUACACAGAAGAGGACUGGACCGACCCCGAAAACGACAUUGACGCCUACACCAAGUCCAAGGUCGUGGCUGAGAAGGCCGCCUGGGAUUUCGUCAAGGAGCUGCCAGACGACCAGAAAUUCGAGUUGGCAGUCAUCAACCCGACCUUCGUUCUCGGCCCCCCGCUGCUCGAAUCCCACAAGAGUGCCACCUCGGUCAACUUCAUGGCACAGAUCGUCAACAGAGCCUAUCCUGGAGUGCCACGGGUGCAGUUCCCUAUCUGCGACGUCCGGGAUGUGGCGAAGGCCCAUGUGAAGCACAGCCCACGCCCAGAGGCCGUCAACAACCGCCACAUAAUCUGCACAGACAGCGUGUGGGUCAAGGAUAUCGCUAUGGCCGCCUCCAAGGAAUUCAAGCCCCAGGGGUAUUCGAUCCCCACGGGCCAGCUCCCCUACUUCCUCUGCUGGGUGGCAGGACUCUUCAACAAGGGCAUGAAGAACAACAUUCUACCCCGUCUUGGGAAGCAGUUGAACGCUAGCAACAAGAGGAUGGUUGAGGUGCUGGGUGUCGAGCCAACUGCCAUCGACUGUACAGUGCAGGAUAUGGUGUACGCUCUCGUUGACCUUGGUAUUGUGCGCAAGGCCAAGAAGUACAAGCAGGUUGGAUCCCGGGCAGAGGUUCCGGCUGCGAAUGGGGAAGUAGAGGAGGACAAGAAGGAAGGAAAGGAAGAGGAGAAGGCUGAAGAAGCAGAAGAGAAGAAGGAACUGGAGCCAGAGGAUAAAGAGAAGAAAGAAGGCGAGGAAAUCAAGGAAGAGAAGAGCGAGGCCCCGAAGGAGGAGAGCAAAGAGAAAGAAGAACCAGCGAAGGAAGAGAAGAAAGACGAGAGCGAAGCCGAGAAGUGAAGAUUGAAACGGAGGAGUAAGAGUGAGGAUUUUUCGGAACUAUCAAAAUUCCGUAUUUGGAUUAGUUUGAGUUUCGACAGCCCCACUGACUGCGGGGCGAUGGUGCAAACGUAUGAGUAAUGAGGGCACUUGCGAUCGCGUCAGCCAGAGUGUGAGAGAUUUUUUUUUUUCGAUUUUUUUUCCGAUUUUUUUUCGAUUUUUUCGGAUUUUUUUUUUUUCGAUUUUUUAAAGAUUUUUUCCGAUUUUUUUCGAUUUUUGAGGUUAGUAUUGGUUUGUUUUUUUUUCGUGUUUUAAGUGUUUUUUUUUUUCUUCCUUUUUUUCUUUUAUUUCUUUUUUGGAAUAAAUGCUGUUUCUUUUUUGUCUCUCCGAUCUUUUAUAAAUGUUUUAUAUAUACAUAUAUAUAUAUGUGUGUUUGUGUGUGUGUGUACGUUUUAUUUUUUUUUAAUUCGUUCGUCAUGUCAAGUCGAGUCAUGUUGAUUUCCAAGUGUAUUUUAUGUUCAGUAUUAAAUGGAUGUAUUCAUGUAGACUUACAUAACUAGGUAUGUGUACCAGUAAUUAAAGAAUCAGACAUAUUGAAAAAAAACAUAGCACAGUGGUAGCCAGUAAACUCGUUUAUAAACCAAUGAAUUUGGCAUUUUUCAAGUAGCAUGGAUUUUUUUUAUUACAGAUAUGUAGGCGAUAAACACACUUUCAUUAUUUGAUAUAGUACCCUUAGUUUUUUUUUUUUUUUUUUUUUACGUACGUGACACUUAGUUUUUUUGUGUUUUAUUUUAAGCAACUAACACAGCAUAUCUGAUUGGUUUAAGGUGCCUUGUGUUUUUCUCCCCCACCCCCCAAAAAGAUAUUCAUUUAAACCAAAAAAGAAAAAAAUAUAUAUGUGAUAACAUCAAGAGGCCAGUCGCAGGAUAGUCUUCCUCCAUGAAUAAUCUUUUAGGAACCGUAUUUAUAUAUAUAUACAUAUAUUGCUGUGCACAACCUCACUGGCUUUUAAUUUUUUACUCUGCCUUAUCCAAGUGCAUCUGUUGUAUUUGCCACAGCCCUUUUUGAUACAAAUCCCCUCCCCUUCUAAAAAAAAAUUAAGUGGUUAAAUGAUAAUGACAAUGAUAAUGAUGUUAUUUCAUUAUUUUUUUUAAAUUAUCAAUUAUCUUGAAUCGGUCACACGCUCAAAAAAAGAAAAGAAUAAAUGAAUUAAAAAGAAAAACACUCCCCAAGCUCUAACUCCUCAAAGUUUCAAAAAAACAGAAAAUAAAAGUAAGAAUGGGAAGGAAAAAAAAUUAUUACCAAUCCCAUAAUUGGCUUUAGCGCAAGGGAGUGUGAACCUUAUAUCCCGGUAGUUUGGAGAUCAUAACCGUAUGGCAUAUCUACGUAGAAUUAGGGAGGAGAGUCAUCAGUAAAAGGACUACUUAUAUGGUGUUAUUUUAAAGCAAGGAGGUCGUUACGGAAGGAGAGAAAGAGAGAGAAUGCGAGAUAAAUAUCGUGAGUCAUUCGUAGAAGAGAAUAGUUACCGUUUUUGGUAAUUUUUCUAUCGUUGCAGGGUGUAUCAUCGAAAUUGACCCUACUUAGAAAUAAGUGUACUUUAGAUCCUGUAAGUGUGUGAGUGAGUGUCUCUCCCUCUUUUUUUAAGUGCAUUUUACCUGCAUUUUGAGGUGUCGAGUGGCUGUCUCGUGUAUAUUUGAUCGUAUGCGUGUUUAAGUGUGUGUGGAAAGUCGUGUCAUUCUCUGAUAAUAGUUUUCUAAGUGUCUGAAUUUCGAGGAUCUGCCCACAGCGAGGUAGGAUCAGCUGAUGUGAAGAAAUGUAGGAGUUUUUCUGUGCUUACCUUUAUAGUAGCAGUUUCUUAUAAAUGUAUAUAUAUUUUUACUAUUUCCUAAUUUUGUAUGCACUUUUAAGAAAUGUCAGACAAUGUGAUAUUUUUGUUAUUGCUCAAUUUAGUUUACAUUAGAGGAAAAAGGAUUUUAAAAAAUAUGAAUAAAAAACGUGUUUCUGAACUCGGUGAGUGUCCCACCAUUUUGACUCAAAAUUGCUGUAGAAAGAUUUUGGUAGCUUUUGUACUAAAUUUUUAAUAAGACUUUCAUUCAUUUCUCUAGAUCAAUUUAUUAGUAUAGGCACAAUUUUUCUCUUAUAUCUCUAGAUGUUUAAGCCUUGUUUUCCAUGCUACUGCUGUAGUUUUAAGUCCAAAUUAUUAUAUUAUUGGGACCUGUCCUACCAUGCCACUGAUAAUAUAUAUAUAAGUUUGACUAUGCGAGCGCGAUUCAAAGAAUCGACAGGAGAGAGAGAGUGAGUCAAUUAGCCUCUGUUCAACCCAAAAGCAUGUAUGGUACAUAUUUAAGCACAACCUAUAGACUAUUUGUACAGACCGACAUUUGCCCGCGGAGAUUCACACCGUUUUAUAACCCGUAUGGCUGAGGCGCGAGAGAGGGUCUUCUGUGAGGGGAUCUCUCUGCAGCGCAAAGGGUGUGAGACUCGUAAACUUGCAGACUUCCUUUGUAUCCGUAGCUUUCUCUAGGGAAGGGUAGGUAAGGGGGAUGGGUAAGGCGGGGAAGAGGGGGGGUGGUGGUGUCCACGAGAGAGAAUUAUACCCCGGUAGCACCCCCUCUGUAGCUGUUUUAUACGUAUGGGGGAAGGAGAGGUGGGCUCUUGCUGUGGGGAGAGGCAUUUCCGUGACGUAUGCCACUCUUGUCUCCCUCACUCCUCACCCCUCACCCCCUCCCCUUUAUACUCAGCCACGCUCCCCUCCCUUCCCCCCCUCCCCCUCUUCUCUCUAGCCCCCCAUCCUCGCUUCACGCCCUUCCCGAAGUCUUAUUUCAAUCAUGAAGGACGUAAAAUAUUGCUUAACCAUUUCUUCCUCGUGUCGUGAAUUUUCCUGUGGCCUUUACCCCCCCCCCCCAAUCCCCAAUCCCCGCCCCCUAUCUCUUUUUUUCUAUUUUGUCCGACUGUGUUUGUCUUUCACAGGAGAAAGAAAAUGAGUAUAUUUAGAUAAAGGGGGAAGAGCGAGAGAGAAAAAAGAGGGGAAAAAAUUGAAUGAAUAUUAUGGGAUUUGCGAGUACUGCAAUUUUCUAUUUUUCGCUAAUUUUCUUCUCCUUUUUAAAAUAUUAUUUCUUUGUGUCUUUUUUUUUUCUUUGGUGUAGAAUUAAAGGGAGGAAGAACAUUGGAGAGAGAAUGCCCUUGCUUAAUACACAGUUCUUAAAUUAAUAAGGGUUGUGCCUAUUUUUUCCUUUUCUUUUUUAUUACCUCGGCUUCAGAUGAUUAUCCCAUCUUAUUAUUAAUAUAAGGUGAUUCUUCUCCGUAUGAUAUAUAUUUCCACACUCAAAACUUGCAAAAAAUCCCCCCUCCCCCUUCCCCCCUCCCCUAACCCCCAUCUUCUACUGCCAAAUGUAAGGGCUUGAUUUAAAACAAAAACUAUGAUGAUGUGUGCAGUCAUACUCUUGUAUAUUGCCGACUGUGUUUUGUGUGUAUUUUCCAAAAGAGGUCUAGAGAAGAAACGCAAAGAGGAGAUCGGAAAUAAAAGAAAAGUAUGAAUAAGGGAACAAAGGAAAAGUAGGAAUAAAGAAGAUGGAAGAAAUGAAUUAAACAAAAUAAAAUAGAUUAGGAAGAAAGUAUAUAGAUAUUCUCCAGAUAGGAACAACGACUUUGUAGCCAUCCAUACCCCCCCCCCGCAUCUCUCUCUCCCUUUGAAAAGAAAGAGAAAAAGAAAAUAGAUAAAUAACAGCUUAACCCCCCCCCCCCUCCCCUCAAAAGAAAAGCAAAGAGAAAAAAAAACAUACAUAACAGUCGCACUAAUUCAUCUAUCUUUCCUUAUCGUCUCUUCUAUAUAUAAAAAAAGACCUUUUAAUAGACAAAAAAAUAAAAAUAAAAAAUAAAUAAAACUAAAUCAAACUCUGCACGUUAUGUGUUGGAUGUUGAAUUUUUUCCUCUCCAAAGUGAGUUUUCUGUGAAUAGGCUUGAGAAAAUGGUUGGUUACUGUGAAGGACUUUUAAAGUGUAUUGUGAGCAGUAAAGGCUAAAUAUGUGGA